AUGGAUGUUAAGUGGGGGAAGAAAGGUUUGGAUUCAGACAUCAAGCUCCGGACGUCCCCCCUGGAGGGGCAGCCUGGGCUGUACUGCUACCAGCCUCCAGUGCAGCAGAUGUACUGCCCCUCCCACCCUUUCCACCAGUAUCCCUCAGGAGGCAGCUAUCCUGUGACUUAUAUUACUUCUUCACACUACCCUUACCAAAGAAUUGCCCCUCAAAGCAGUCAAGAAUCCCAGCAGCCUCUGUUUCCCAAACCCAUCUAUUCCUACAGCAUCCUGAUCUUCAUGGCACUCAAAAACAGCAAGACAGGGAGUUUGCCAGUCAGUGAGAUUUACAAUUUCAUGACGGAACACUUCCCUUACUUUAAGACGGCUCCGGACGGCUGGAAAAACUCGGUGAGGCACAACCUGUCUCUGAACAAGUGCUUUGAGAAGGUGGAGAACAAGUCGGGCAAUUCUUCCAGGAAAGGCUGCUUGUGGGCCCUGAACCCAGCCAAAAUUGAUAAGAUGCAGGAGGAGCUUCAGAAAUGGAAGAGGAAAGACCCCGUUGCUGUAAGGAAGAGCAUGGCCAAGCCAGAAGAACUUGACACCCUGAUAGGCGACAAGAGCGAGAAGCUGCGACCUUCCCUCCUGCCCUGCAGCCCGCCGGGCGUUGCGGGCACAUCCCACUGCAGGCAGAUGGCAGCCCAGCCCCAUUCCCUGGCCGAGCCCUCCCUCUCCCCGAGCAUCCCCCCUUCCCUGCACGGCAUCCGCGCAGCAGCAGCGCUGCACGGCAAGAGCGCGGUACCCAACCUGCUCGGGGGGCAGCAGCCGCCCUGCUACCCGGCCCCGCACGGCUUCCCGCAACUCUCCAGCACUUUAAUGCAACAGUCGCCAGGCCCUCAGAGCCUGUUCCCGUCGGGGGAGGCUCAGAACGAGCUGCGCACCCAGCCCAGCACCGCGCAGGACUCGCCCCUGCCCGCGCAGACCCCCCCGCGCUGCGGGGGGAAGGGGCUGCCCGAGCCCCCCGCAGCCAGGACCGUGCAGGACACGCUCCUGCAGGAAGGAGACCUCAGCAACGAUAUCGAUGCUCUCAAUCCGUCCCUGACUGAUUUUGAUCUCCAAGGAAACCUCUGGGAGGAGCUGAAAGAUGACAGCCUAGCUGUGGAUCCUCUAGUUCUCAUUUCAUCAUCUCCAACACCCUCUCAGUGUUUCCCUUCUCACUGCCAGAUGGAGAACAGCACCAAUGGCAACAUCCAGCACGGAGCUCCCCACAGCAGCCUCCCCGACCUGCAGCUCACCACGCUUUACUCUGCCUUCAUGGACUUGGAUACAGUGUCUCCUGCCUACCUAAGUAAUUCUGGAUCCAAACCUAUAGCACUGAUGUGA